GCGUUGUCCUUGUUGAUAGAACUUUGGACUAAUUAUUUUCAGCACUUUCUUAAUGAGUAUAAGAAUGAGGGAAUAUUUGCAGGUGACUAAUCCGAUCUCUUAUUUUUAUUUUUUAUUAAACAUUUCUUAAUAUUAUCACAGCUUGGAGCAUGACAUUAAGUUAUUUGAGAGGUCAGACUAAAUGUUCAGUGCUUGAAAAACUGGCUUGCAUGGAAUGCAUUCUCUGAGGUUUGAAAGAGGUAUUUUAGUGGUAAAACAAGAUCACUCUAGAGAAGUUAUGAGCGCAGUUAUAAAAUUAUUUUCCGCGUAUUAGCUAUCAAUGUCACUGGUCCCCUUAGUACGCUAAAUAGUUGUGUUCUCUGAUUUGCUUGCUGUCAUUUGGGAUAUUAACACCUUUACAAGCACAACUGUGUAGGUUUAGAGCAUUUACACUUCAUUCCUCCUCUUAUGUAAAAUUCCACGAUCUGCUCAAGUAGCCUCACUUGUGGAAUGUGAGUCAGUCUGACAUACGGAAACAAUACUUUUCUAAAGUUAAAACAAGUGAAGAAACAUCUUCCACACAAAGGGGGCCAGUGGUAAUAUUGUGAAAUACUAAUACAAGAUGGUCAGUUUGCUGAUGAUUGGGAUUGCUGCUUGGGGGAAGUGGUUUGGUCUUGUUUCCAGUUUCCAGGCUGUGGGCGGAGUUAUAGGAGUCGGGAUAUUCCUGUUCCUUGUGGCAGUUGUCGGAUUGAUUGGUGCCAUGAAGCAUCACCAGGUGUUGCUGUUUUUUUACAUGAUCAUACUCUUCAUGGUGUUUGUUGUCCAGUUUUCAGUUUCCUGUGCUUGCCUUGCGCUAAAUCAAGAACAACAGAAUCUCCUACUUGAGGUAGGGUGGAACACUUCUGAAACCACACAAAGGGAUGUUGAGAACAGUCUAGAUUGCUGUGGGUUUUACAGUGUUAAUUACAAGAAGACUUGCAGUGCUCCUUGCUUCAGCAACCUUUCCUGCACAUCAUGUGCAUUGAAAAUACAAGCGCAUACAGGAGAGGUUCUGAGAUUUGUUGGAGGAAUUGGGCUAUUCUUUAGCUUCUCUGAAAUUUUGGGAGUGUGGCUAACAUACCGGUACAGGAACCAAAAGGAUCCCCGUGCAAAUCCAAGCGCCUUUCUGUGAUUUGAAAUCAUAAACUGUGCUAAAAAUGUUGCACUAAGUCAUCUGAUUGCAGACUUUUUCUGUGUGUAAAAUACAUUUACUUAAUUGUUAGAUGGUACCAGUUUUCAGGGGUUGGGUUAUCAUUAAAUAACUUUGUGCAGAGCUGAGACUUGAAAGCUUGGUUUGAUAUACAAUAGCACUCCUGUGAACACAAAGCAUUCUAAUGUGUGCUUGUAGUCUGAUCUGCUCUCAGAAUUGUAAUUCUCAAUAAGGUUCUUGUGUGAUUUGAACAGUGCACUUUUUAACACUUUUGUAAGUGGAUGUUAUUAAGUUGAAAUACCACACCAAUCAAAUUUGUAUUUUACUGACAAUAUAAAGUUAAUUUACAAAUACUUCAACUGGUAUCAACGUCUAAGAUAGGAAUAUGUUAUAUACCUUCUGUUACUUAAGAGGACAAGUGGCUAAGCACAGUACUUGUUUAUCUGUUUUAUCUAAGGCCAGAUCAAUUUUUUUUUUCAGUUUGAUUUCUUUAUAAAUGAAAAAUGUUCGCUUUAAAUGAUUGUCAAUAUUGCAAGUUAAGAUAUGCAUUACAUUGUAAACAUACAACAUGUUUUGUAUCUGCAAUAAUAAAUGCAAAAUUAAAUGCAUAAAUGUAUAUUACAGAGAAACCUUUUUAGAAGCAAGUCCACGUAAGAAAGACAAACAUUUUAUCUGCAUCUCAUAACUAUAGCUUUGUAAUAAUAAGUAACUUACAGUAUAUUAAACCCCAUACAUAUUAGUUUUAUGAAACUAUAGACACUGGAUUAUUUAAAAUAAAGAAACCUAAACAAUUACUACAGCAUGAGUGCAAGAAAAUUGGUUGUAUGCUGAGAAUAUAUUGUUGAAAUUUUUAGUUUUUCUAUUACUGUAGAAAUGAAAGCAUAUGGAUAAAAUAAUAAAUGCCUGAUUAAGAUUUAAAUGAUACUGCAUUUAAUUAAGAGAUUGUUUCAUAUAGUUAGAGCUGUAAUUUGCAUAAUAAAUCCUAGCUAUAGAUUUGUUUUUGAUGUGAAGGUAAAAUCUUAAGAGUAGUGCUACAAUGUUCUAUGGUUUAUCUUUAUUCUCCUAACUGCUGAAUAAAGUAAUGGCCUUCCUUCCCUGCUCA